CGUUUUUUUAUAAUCCUAGACUUUUGAAAUUUUCUUUUAUAUUUUUUGUCAUAAUGUAUGUCCACAUAAUAAAAUAGUCGUUUUUUUAAAUUUUGUAUUCACAAUUAUAGAAAUAAAAUAUACACUCUAACUUUAUUUAAUAAUUUUUAAAAAUAGUGCACAUAUUUAUAAGAUUAAUUGCACAAUGAAUUAUGAAUCGCACAGCAUGAUAUGAUUAAAAAUUUACUUACAUACUUACAUCGCAAUUUGUGAUAUGGAUGCAGAUAUAUUAAAAACAAUAUUAAAAAGUUAUGGUGAUGCCGAAAACAUUGUUCAAUCUGAGGAUUGCAAAGAUGCGUCAAGAGAAGCUUUGUUAAUCUCACAGUCUGAUACAGUAUUAAAUACUUUGUGUACAUCGUUGAGCAAUCUCUUAUGUUACAAAGUAUCAAAGCAAGCAUAUCAACGCUAUUCAGUUCGACUGUUGAUAAUUGACAACUUGCGGAAAUGGUGUAGAACAACAAGCAAUUUUGAACAUUUACCAAUAUUUACGUCCAAAGAAAAUAGUUUGAAGUUUGUGAGCAUUCUGUUAGACAAAUAUCUCACAGAUGACAUUUUAAAUGAAGACUGCUCGGAAGAUGCUUUGAUAUCUUUAACCACUGCUGUAAUGCAUCUAUCAUUUGAGAAUCCGUCCUUUAUACAUCACAUGGAUAAGUUACUUAUAAGACUUUCACAAUUAGAAACAAAUGAUAAAAUUGAGAAAUUGUUACAUAAUUCUCUAUAUUCAAAUUUGCAUCUUAAACUAUCCACAAAAGAAGAAAUAUAUACUACGCAAAAAUUUAAAUUAAUAGAAAAACCAUUGCUCGACAGUUUUGUAUGUACGUUUUCUAAUUCAAAGGAAGAAAAUUGCGUAGAUAAUCAGAAUGAGAAGACACUGAAUCAACUACUAGAAUUUAGUGUUGGGUCUAUGUGUGUUUUUCAAUUAAUAUUUAAUUUUUUAAAGGAAUUACUCGUUCAGCUGCAUUAUGCUCCUGCAAUUCUACAUUUCAUAGAUUUGAUAUUAAAGCGGAUAUCUAUUUGUUGUGAAAAUCAGGAUAAAGACAUAUUAGAUCUUUACCCUAGGAAACUGCGUUCUUCUAUAAUCUUAUUAAGGAUAAAGCCUGAGCAUCAUACAAUGCAGACACGAAAAUAUACAUUGCAAACUUUAAAACAAAUCUAUAACGAAAAUAAUGAUGUUUUAUUAAUUAUAAUGUCCCAUUUUCCUGAAUGGCUUGAAUGUUUUGCAAAUUAUGUUAUGAAUGACGCACAAAAUUAAUUGUGGAGAGAAACUCUCUGCAAUUUUAUGUAAGUACAUAAUAAUUUUAUCAUCGCGCGUCCUAAUGUAAUAUUUUUAUAACAUUAAUAUAAUUUGUGAUUAAUUAUGAAAACGUUUAU